GUGUCUGCUAUCACGCUCUCAGAGGGUGUGGGGAGGGGGGGCUGGUGCCUGGUGCUGGCGGAGCCUCGGCACAAACACAACCCGGAAUGGGCUCCAAGUACCCGCGGUCUGUCCGGGGCUGCCUGCCCCUGUGGGUCCUAACUGUCGAGACUGCCUUCAUUCUCCUGUUCUUCUUUUUCACCUCCUAUGAUGACACGUCAACGGAUCAGGAGACGCUCAUGGGGACUUAUCGAGUCUUCCAGGAUGUUACCACCAUGGCGGCCCUCGGCUUGGGCUUCCUCAACGCCUCUUUGUGGAGACACGGCUGGAGCGGCGUGGCCUUCAACCUCUUCCUGCUGGCCCUCGGGGCACAGUGGGCGGUCCUGCUGGACGGCUUCCUGAACCAGUCCAUCAGACAGAAGACCAUCCUCCAUCUGCCCAGAAUCCAGAAGGCCACCGUGAGCGCCCUGUCAGUGCUGAUCUCGGCGGGGGCUGUCCUGGGGAAGGCCAACUUGGUGCAGCUGGUGUUGAUGGCGCUGGUGGAGGUGACGGCCUUCAGCACCAUGAGGAUGCUCGGCCUGACAGUCCUCGGGGUGGAUGACCACAGCAGCAUGAUGAGCAUCCACGUGUUUGCAGCCUACUUCGGGCUGGCUGUGUCCUGGUGCCUCUCCCGGCCCCUGCCCAAGGCAGCGGAGGAGAAAGAGCAGACAGCGACUAGCCCCAGUUUGUUUGCCAUGCUGGGCACGCGCUUCCUGUGGAUGUUCUGGCCGAGUUUCAACGGGAUGCUGUUCGUUCAGGUGGAGAGGAUGAAAGCCGUGUCCAACACCUACUACGCCCUCGCGGUCAGCACGGUGACAGCCACCUCCGUGUCAGCCUUGGCUCAUCCCCAAGGAAAGAUCAACAUGACUCAUAUCCACAACGCGGUGCUGGCUGGAGGCGUGGCUGUGGGCGCCACGUGUCACAUGAUCCACUCUCCGUGGUUCUCCAUGGCGCUGGGCCUCGUGGCCGCCUUGAUCUCCAUCGGAGGAGCCAAGUGCCUGCCGGUGUGUCUCAAUCGCGUGCUGGGCAUCCACGACAGCUGCGGCGUGCACUACACCUUCGGCCUGCCGGGCCUGCUCGGAGGGGUCGCGUACAUCGUGCUGAUGGUGACCCACAGCAUCUGGAGUGGGAAGAACAGGAUCUUCUACCAGGUGCUCGUAGACACGGGGGCACUCAGCUUGGCCAUGGCGAUGGGUCUGCUAUCUGGUCUCCUGGCAGGUCUGCUCCUCAGUCUCAAAGUAUGGAAGGCACCGCCUGUGGCCAAAUAUUUCGAUGACCAAGCUUUCUGGGAGUUUCCUCAUCUGGCUGUUGGAUUUUAAGCAAAGCAUCUACGAAAACCGAGAAAAUCUAAGAGAACAAGACGCCCUUUCACUGCUGCCCACUUCUGUAUGGAACAAGCACUCGUGACAGCCACACCCCGAUACACAAGGAAACACGGCCACAGACAGACUUGCUAUCAAAAAUAAGACUAGACCCUUGUUUAAGAGCUAACUGAGUGACAGCUUUAAAUAAAUGGUUCCAUUCAGGA